AGACGACACUUACAACUUAACUUCGCUGUCAACAAAAGAAUAAAACACAUGUACAAUUUAUGCACGGCCAAAAGAAAAUUCUAGAUCCCCUAAGAAGAAAACAGAAGAUGCUGAAAAUGUACAGUCGAAAUUUUGGCGUAUGUUGUUGGGGGUGCGCGGUGCGUGCAUGAGGGUUGGGAGGGGAGGUGAGAUAGUCACAGCCGCUAGCAGCUUGCGUCGCUUCAAGAAGGUUACUCACUGUCUCUUCGACCUCGACGGACUGUUCUCGAUUCCGAAGUGAUGUACCACAAGAUGGUUCAACAGAUUUGCGAGAAGUACCGACGAGUGUAUACGAAGGAGAUGCAAAUAAGGAUGUACGGCGUUACGGACCGCGAGAUCUGCGUGACGGUGGUGAGGGAGUUGCGGCUGCCGAUCUCAGCGGACGAGUUCGAGACGCAGCUCGAGUCCAUGGCGCAGAGCAUGCUGCCCAGUGCACCGCUGUUGAAGGGUGCAGAGCGUCUGCUGACGCACCUGUACGACUACAGCAUUCCAUUAGCACUGGCGACUAACUCCACGGAGCAGGCGGUGCGUCUUCACGCAUGCGCCAGACCGCAGCUCUUCGGCAUGUUCCACCAUAAGGUGAGCAUAACAGACCCCGAGGUGGACCGCGGCAAGCCGAAUCCUGACAUCUAUCUCGUAGCAGCGGCGCGCUUCCCCGACAAACCCAAGCCAAUACAGUGUCUCGUGUUUGAAGAUUCGGCGGUGGGCGUGGAGGCGGCGAAAGAGGCUGGCAUGCAGGUGGUAAUGGUCCCGGACCCUCGUCUCACCCGUGAACACACGCGACAUGCGACGUUGGUGCUUCGCUCUCUGCUGGAGUUCCGUCCGGAAUUAUUUGGUUUGCCGCCGUUCCAUGAUGACCCCGCCAACACUGAUGGACGUCCGCGACCAUAGACGUUUAUAGCCUAGAAGAGCUGUAGACUAGAUACCAGAUGGUUAAUAGAUACUUCCUACCUUAGAUUAAACAUGCGCGUACGCAUGCGUUGCUAUAAACUAAUUAUUUUGAAUUUAGAAUAGUCGACGCGGCUUUCACGUUGUUUUCUAGACCUCACUUUAGAUAUUGAUGCACUAAGCAGAGUCAAGAAACAGAAGAGUUGACUUUAAAAUGUUUUGUAAAAUUAUUGAGACGCCAUCUACCAUACGGCAAAACUAAAAUUAUAACUUAAAAAUUCUUGCAUUCAAUCGCUUUGUUUGUGUAAAGUUAGAUGCAUGAAUGUUUUGUUAUUGUGGUACUCGUGCUCUAAUCGGGCAGUAGCUCUCACCCGAGUUACUGUAAUGUCUUCAUUACUCCCCACUCGCACAUCAAACACCAAUCCUAUGUAACUUCGAUAUCUUUUGCAUCAUCUCCGGUCGAGGCAAGUUGACCACCAAGAUAACGAUACCAACAGCAUGUAUACAUGCACUACGAAACCAUAUUAUUAAUUUUGUUUAAUACGGCUAUCGCUUAUCUGGCCAUAUUGAAGUUAUCUCACCCGCCCUUCUGCCUCUUUAAUCUGAAGACAAUGCGAGACGCCAUGCCACACCCACCGUCCCGGUAAGUGGUAACUGCUUCGAUUUAUGAUUGACGUAAAAUGUAAAUACAAGCGUAGUGAUGAAAGUAAAUUUGUAUUUUAUGAUGUUAUAUAUCGUUUUGUUUUAAUGUAAAAUAAUUCUCAUAAUAAAAUUCUAAUAGGAUUAUAUUUUUCUGACUUUAGAAAUAUUUUACUUGGGCACGUUGCAGUGGCUAUAUUAUAACAGGGUAUGGAGUAACCAAACUGAAUUUUAAUGCUAACCAGCUAGUUGAGGCCAUAGGCAAAUAUUUCAACGGACUGCUUAUAAUAUACGGAAAACCUAAUAGGAAACCCCAAUGGUUUUGUUAUUUUACAUGUAGGUACGUACUCCCAAUAUCUAACUAUAUCCUAGAGUAACGUCAACAA